AUGAGCGGAACUGUAGCUUUGACUGACCCUAUUGCCGGCAUGCAUUCCUAUAUCCGCCCUAAUCAAUGGGUGGCGCUCAAGCUGCCAUCAGAUCAGUUGAAGCUCGCUCAGAUCGUCCCCGAUACCGUCAUCAAUUUAGGCAGAUUCGGCACCUUUGCCGCCAACCAGAUUCUUGGACGCCCGUUGUACUUCACAUUUGAAAUUCUGGACUCGCGCGAUGAAACAGGUCAUCAAUUGCGCGUUCUAUCAGCAACCGAACUGCAUGCAGAAACUCUCCUCGCCGAUGGGGAGGGAGAUGUGGAACCCGAAGACCUGGACACUGGUGAAAAUGGAGCACCAAUGCGCACAAACCGUGAAACUAUCGACAUGAACUCUACCCAAAAAUUGACACUGGAGGAGAUCGAGGAGUUAAAAAAACAGUCCGGUGGCGCGGGAAGAGACAUUGUCGCAAAACUUCUAGAGUCGCAUAGCGCUCUAGACCAAAAGACCGCUUUCUCUCUCGCUAAGUACACCUUGCGCAAGCGCAAGAAGUACAUGAAGCGCUUUACUGUGCUCCCGCUGGACGUGGGUCUUCUCGCCAAUUACUUGAUGGAAGAACGGGAUGCGCAAAAGACCAUGGAAAUGCGUGACGAGCACAUUGGACUCAUCGGGUGUUGGGGAAAUAUUCACCACAGUGGCAACGUCGAAGUGCCCGACGGCGUUAAGCCACAUGGUCGCUAUGCGGUGGUGGAUGAAACCGCCGGACUUGUGGUUGCCGCGAUGGCAGAGCGGAUGGGCAUUCUAUAUCCUCAUGAUGCGGAGGACGAAUCAGAGGAACAGCCAGAGGCCUCCGCUGACAUUAACACCGAGACGGAGGACGCCAGUGCGCCAAAGCCCCGGCGCGUACGCCCUCAGCAGUCGUCCGCGACUACCAACACCAUUACUGUGAUGCACGCUUACGCACAGCCCAACCUGUCACUCUUGAAAUAUUUCGGUUACGACACAAACAGCCCCGAUGAAACCCACCCUCUCUACACCCACCUCAAAUCAGUCUCCUGGAUGCAGCUCCUUGACCCCAACUCCGAUCCUAUCUACGAGAACGAGCCACCUGCAAUUGCAGCGGAGGAAUUGGCCGAGAUGAAACAAAGUAAACGCACAACAUACUACCACAAGCGCAAUCGCUGGCUUAAAGUGAAAUCGGUCGUGGACGAAGCUCGGGCUGGUAACUUCGAUAGCCUGGUCAUGGCCACCCUACUAGAACCAUCAAGUGUCUUGAAGACAAUGGUCCCACUUCUUGCAGGAUCCGCGCCUGUUGUCAUUUACUCGCCGAACGUCGAGCCUCUUGUUGAAUUAAUGGAUAUGUAUUCCGUUUCACGGAGGGCGGCUUUCAUUGCUAAGAAGCGAGAGCUAGAGUCACAAGUCGCCGAGGGAGAAACUGCUGACCUGACCUCCCUCUAUAAGGAGUUUGUGGUUGACCCGACCAUUCUCCUGCCUCCUACUUUGCAGUCGUCGAGGGUGCGUCCCUGGCAGGUUCUGCCCGGUCGAACCCACCCGUUGAUGACUGGACGCGGUGGUGCAGAGGGAUACAUUUUCCACGGUAUUCGUGUGUUCCCGACCACACAAACUAUUCAAGCUGCCGGCAAUCUUCGUCACAAGCGCCGAAAGGUGGAACCAAAAUCAACACCCGCGAGUGAUCGAGAUGUAGAGAUGACAUCCCAGUGA